GCGGAGGACCCUCUAGCCCCACGCGCUACGGCCCUGCGUCAUCUCUAUGCUGCUCGCGGAUAGAGCGCAGACGUCAUCAGACCGCGCCGGAAGAGAAAGGGGCAGGCUUGGCAGGGCGGGGUGGGAGCUAAAUUGCAGUGAUGGAAAGUGGGGGGCGCCCUUCUACUGGCCAAGUUAUAUUGCUGGCCACUAGUUCGGCUAUCACGGCAAUUCUGUACUCCAUUUACAGGCAGAAAUCUAAAGUUGCUAACAGCCUCAAGGGAGCAAAGCAAGUACAUUUAGAUCAAGACUUGAAGAACAUUCUUAUGGAAGCACCAGGAAAAUGUGUCCCAUAUGCAGUUAUUGAAGGUGUUGUACAGUCUGUUAAGGAAACUCUCAGCAGCCAAUUUGUGGACAAUUGCAAGGGGGUGGUUCAGAGGCUGACACUACAGGAGCACAAAAUGGUGUGGAAUCGAACAACCCAUAUCUGGAAUGACUGUGAAAAGAUCAUCCACCAGAGAACCAACACAACACCCUUUGACUUAGUGCCUCACGAGGACGGUGCCAACAUCACAGUAAGGGUGGUAAAGCCCCUGGAUUCUGCAGAACUUAGCUUGGAGACGGUAUACGAAAAGUUCCAUCCCUCUAUUCAAUCCUUCACGGAUGUGAUUGGCCAUUACAUUAGCGGAGAACGUCCCAAAGGCAUUCAAGAAACUGAAGAAAUGCUGAAGGUUGGAACAACAUUAACGGGAAUAGGAGAGUUGGUCCUAGACAACAACACUAUCAAGUUGCAGCCCCCCAAGCAGGGGAUGCAGUAUUAUCUGAGCAGCCUGGAUUUUGAUUCCUUGCUGAAGAAGCAAGAAUCAAGUGUCAAACUCUGGAAAAUCCUGACUGUCAUUUUCGGCUUUGCAACCUGUGCCACGCUCUUCUUCAUUCUGAGGAAGCAGUACCGGCAGCUUCGAGAAAAGCAGCGCCUGAAACAGAUACAAGAUGAAUUCAGGAAGACUCAGGAGCAGCUAAGGAAUGACAUGAACACAGAGGGUGGGGAGACUACAAAAAAUGCCUGUGUCAUCUGUCUGAGUAACAUUAAGUCCUGUGUCUUUCUAGAGUGUGGGCAUGUCUGCUCAUGUGAUGAGUGCUACCAGGCACUUCCAGAUCCAAAGAAAUGCCCUAUUUGUAGGCAGGAGAUUGCUAGAGUAGUUCCUUUGUACAACAGCUAAAUGAUUGUGGCUUUGGAGCUGUCUGCAAAAAUGUUUCCCCUCUUAAGGGGUUUUCUCAAGUCCUCUAGCUCAUAGGCCUGACUGACAACUUGGACAGGUGCUGUUCCCUGUGAUGGGGAGCAGGGUGAAAUUUGUUAUGAGAAGAGUUAGGGUGUGGGGCUAUCUUGUUCUCCAAAACUCAACAGUAGAGGCAGAACUGGCCUAAAGGUUAUAACUUAAAAGCUAAUCCUGAAGGGUGUAAAAGCCAAUGAAUGCAUUAGGUUUCCUUUGGACUACACCCUCAUAGACUUUGAGGAUGAUUUAUGCAACCUCCAAAAAAGAAGUUUCUAUAAGGCUGGUGAGUUAAUAUGUUUAUCUGCACUUUCAAUCCCUUGUGUUUAUUAGAGUCAUUAUCUCCAUAUCUUCUUAUUUUUGCACUUGUGUUAUUGGUUUAUUGUAACUGGACCUGCAGUUACUAGUGAUUGAAAUACCUGGGCUAGAGAAAGCUUUAGUCUGAAAUGGCCCAUAGACUGCAGGAUUAAAAUGGUGCUAGAGCCUGAAUUUAGCAUUAGGGAUUUAUGGCCUUUUACAAAGAUUCAUAUGAAUGGAACUACUUUAAUGAAAUACUUUAGAGUGAGCAGUUAUGUUUCCAUUGCAAUAUGGGGUUGUUUAUUAAACCUUUCUCCGUGGCAUUGGAAAGCCAUAAAUAACUACGUCAUGCUAGCACACAAAAAACAGACAGUCAGAUUCACCUGUCUGACUUCAUUGUCCGUGUUUGAGUUGGAUGCAAAAGAAAGGGUGAAAAGUAAAUUUGACUUAGAUUAUUAAAAGUUAAAUGCAUCUUAAGAUGGUAAUAAUGCACAUAAGACAUUUUCUCUCUCAUAAAUUUUUAUUUUGACCAUGUCCCUUAUUUUAAUACAUGAGACUGAUAAUGAUGUCAGACACGCUAGGAGUUGGAAUGGAGAUUGAAUAAGGAGGAUGAGAUUGCUAUUUUAGCUUUUGGAAUCAGACUCCAAAAGUAUCUGUCUUUGAGAGUUCAGAAUAAAUGUUGUUACUUCACAUAGAUAACUCAGGACUUGACAAAAGCAAUACGAUGACACUCCUCUGGAGUCUUGUGUUAUAUUCUUUUGUUUUCUGUUUGUUCAGACACAUAUACAAACUGGCCAAGCAGUGUCGUGACAAUAGACAGUGUUUGGUUAUAAAGUAAAAUCUUGAGUGGAAUUAAAUUUUUUUUAAUGUCAUGUACUUUAUAAUACACCGUUCUGCCUUUUUCCUUUCACUGAUUUAACGUGCUGAUUUUAAGUGGUGGUCAACCCACAAAGUGCUGGUCAUCCUCAGGACUAUUUUGCAAAAUUUGUGAAACAAAGGGAUGUAUUGCAUAUUUGUGCAUUGACCGCAACAUAAAUAAAGCUUUGCUGAUUACA